AUCAAGAACACUGCACUCUCCCUACCUGGGUGCGCUGGCCCCACGUCGCCGCUCCCACACUCAUCACCUCACCCACAUCGCUUCACCUGGUCUCCGUCUGUCUGCGCCGCCCCUGCUUCCUCCUGAGCUCUUUCAGGAAUGUCGUAUCUCUCUCUGACAAACCCCUGGGCCACACAGACGUCAUCACCCACUCUAUCCACCUGACGCGUGGCUCCAAGCCAUCUUUCACUCUCUCCUGCAAGGUGCCACACGGCGGACGAGUUCUGCUUGACGAAGCUGUUCAAGUUGACAGUGAGUGGCGGUGCUAUACGCGGGCCGGACGGGAUGGCACAGGCCUCGAGGGACAAUACAUGCCCAGCCUCUGAUGUCUGUGAUUUCGCAUCACCGACAGUCAUGCACCAUCGGGAAGGCGGUGCCGCCUUGCCAGCCAUAAUACACCAUCAGGAAGAUCUCAACGAUAAAAAGGAGGCUCUACGUGGGUCGUAUCAUAAGAGCUAUAAUAUCAUGAAAGAUGCUGAGAGCGGCGGCGACCCUUCACAGCAAGUCACGACCUACCGCUCAAGAUUUUGGAUACUUAUCGUUUUCUCUCUCAUGAACUUCGUUCUUAACAUAGAGUGGAUCAUGUUUGGUCCCAUCAGCGAGAGUAUGCAGGCUGCCUUCCCUGGCUGGGACGAGGCCACCGUGACUCUAACGAUCAACUUCGGGAUGAUCACAUAUAUCGUGACCUUCAUCCCUGUAUGCUGGGCUGUGCAGCGUUAUGGGCUGCGGGCGUGCUUGUUGACCACCUUUGGCCUGGCGACUGCCGGCACUGCUCUCCGCUGCAUCACCAGCACCACGCCAGCCUUCACCAUCCUGUCUUACCUGUGUGGGAUAGCAAUAGGCGUAGCCAGCCCUGUGAUGCUCGCCGGCCCGCCUAUGAUAGCCAAUGAGUGGUUUCCUGUGCAGGAGCGAACCACCGCAACGGCCAUCAUGCUGGGGAGUCACCAGCUAGGGGGAGUCGCCAGCUACUUGGAGCCUUUAAUUGUACGACAGCCUGAUCCCAGUGUCACGAACGCAGCAAUCCAGCAUGACGUGAUGCGCCUCACCUAUAUCGGUGCUGGCUUGGCGGCGGCGUUGCUAUUGGCGGCGCUUGUGUACUUCCCUUCCAAGCCUCCAAGUUCACCCUCAAUCACCUCCUCACAAGAAAGAUUCACAAUCCUCCCGGCCCUGAAGGUGCUGGUCAAAGACAAGAAGUUUCUGUUGUUAAUGGUGACCUACGGAAUAUUCGUGGGUCCAGCAGUCGUAUGGAUCACCGUGAUCGACUUUUCCCUGUUGCCGCUGGGCUUCCACCAGGAAAAGGCCAUGUGGGUGGGGCUAAGUGGUGUGAUGGUCUCCAGCUUGUUGCCUGUGGUGGUGGGCCGCUUGAAUGACCUGCUGCGGGGCCACACCAAGACCUUGCUGCUCACCCUCAUGGUGAUCACCGCUGCGUUCUUCUACUGGUUCCUCCUGCUGUCCUACGGCAUCUUGCCCGUCACCGACUGGCAAGUGUACGUGUCGGCGGUGGGCGGUGUGUCGUUCAGCUUCAGCACGAUGCCACUUUUCAUGGAGAUCGCCAUCGACCUGGUGUACCCCUCGCCCGAGUUGCUGGUGACUGCUGUGAUGGUCGCCGCGGACAGCGUGACGGGGAUGAUCUUCCUGCUCCUCUUCAAUAUUCCUGACCCAUUGUACCUAUGGACGACGUACACACUGACGCUGUGCAGCUCGCUCACUGCCGCGCCGCUGGUGGCCGUCUCCUUCCCUUCCACCAGGAUGACCAUUGACACUGAAUAACGCCCUAACCCCCUUCCUUGUCUGAGAGAGAGAGAGAGAGAGAGAGAGAGAUCUUGCUAUGUAUUUAAUAAAAAGGGCAACCUUGAUAUCACGCACGCAGAUAUGAUUGCCUGUGUUCAAGGUAAUGACUAUACAAGGGAAGACAAGUAACAGCAUAUCUUGAGGUUCUCACCAGGGUGUUUGUAUAACUAUCCUGCACUAACUACUAGUGGAAGAGGCAGGAUAACGAAGUUAUGAUCAUUUGAUGGCUAUGAUUAUGAUGAUAAUGAUCUGUUAUUAUUACUAUUAUUAAGUGUAUUACUAUUAUUAUCGUUAUCAUUAUUAUUAUUAUUAGUAGUAGUAGUAGUAGUAGUAGUAGUAGUAGUCGUAGUAGUAGUAGCAGUAGUAGUAGUAAUAGUAGUAGUAGUACUAGCAGUAGUAGUAGUAGUAGUAGUAGCAGUAGCAGUAGUAGAAGUAACAGUAGUAGUAGUAGUACUAAUAGUGUUAUUAUUGUUGUCGUUUUUCAAUAACGCAUAUUCUUGGUCAGAUAAUAAUUCUGAAUUAUUUACGCACUCAAAGAUAAGAUAACUCAGCUAUCGACAAGCAGGGUAACCAGCACCAUGAUUUACGGUACAUGAAUAUGUGCGGUUGUAGAAAUUUUGUUUAUUAAAAAAAUCUGUCUAUCGAGAUGCCUUGGUACUCCUCUCUUUAAAUAGUUCAGGGCACUGAAAAGUGAAAACCAUAAUCAGACAUAUUUCACUUGACCUAGAAUGCAAAUAGGUCAUGUACUGUUUGAAAUUUUCACACUGGCCACAUGGUGGUUGUACUCGAGGCAACCUCCACUCUUGCUGCGAGGGUCAGUCAUAGAUAUUAGGUAAGAAUGUUUUUUACGUAUCGCCACGUAGAUAAUAUGUUAUCUCUAUGGUGAUGUUUGCAGUUUGUUUUGCUUGAUGUUGUUGUUGUCCCUGUCAAGGUGCUUUUUUUUCCCCAAAUAUGCAACGUGGCAUUCUGUUGUUCUGAAACAACAGAAUGAAUAAAUAAUAAAUCCAUCACACACACAAAAAAAAAAAAAGAA